CGGUGCUGGAUUGGUUUGGGCUGCAGACAAGAUGGCCGAGAAGUGUCAACAGUGAUAACUCUCGGUGUUUUCUGAUGACAACAGUAUUUAAAGGAGUUCCCAGCAGAAAUGGGCUUAUCUCAGAGUUCAGAAGUAUCCGAAGGAGGGACGUAUGGCUAUCACGUGCACGCUGUGCAGCCAAAUUCCCCUGCAGAGAAUGCCGGUCUGCAGCCCUUCUUCGACUUCAUUCUGUCUCUUGACAACAAGAGACUUAAUGAGGAAAAUGACCUUUUAAAGGAGCUUCUGAAAGCCAACAUGGAGAGAGCAGUGAGGAUGGAGGUGUACAGCACUAAAACCACGAGGGUUCGUGAGUUGUUGGUGGUUCCCAGUAAUAUGUGGGGAGGGCAAGGUCUGCUGGGUGCCAGUGUUCGCUUCUGCAGCUACCAGGGAGCCAAUGAAAACGUUUGGCAUGUCCUGGAUGUGGAAACCAGUUCACCGGCCGCGCUGGCAGGGCUUCAGCCCCACACUGACUACAUUGUUGGGGCAGAUCAGAUUUUGCAAGAUUCAGAAGACUUUUUCUCACUGAUUGAGGCCCACGAAGGGAAGCCCGUGAAGCUGCUGGUGUACAACACACAGACAGACGUCUGCAGAGAGGUGGUGGUCACACCAAACGGAGCAUGGGGAGGAGAGGGCAGUUUGGGUUGUGGCAUUGGUUAUGGUUAUCUGCACCGAAUCCCUGCUAAUCCGGACGUAUCAACAGUCAAGCCUUCUGCCCCUGAUCCUGAGGAGAAACCCUCUCCAAAUCCGCCUACACAUGGAUACACAGAGGCACCUCUCAUGGCACCUUCAAGCCACAGUGAAGAGUUAAACCUGGAGCAGGUCACCCUCGAGGAAACUUAUCUACCUCCACCCAUUCAAAGAGUCACGGAGCUUGGUUUUUCUGAUUCUGAAGUGGCAGUGAUGAACCCCGACCCUUCAGAUUUGGCGGACAGGCUGGAUCUGUCCAUGUCAUCCAUUGACAUGACCAGCACAUCACUGGCUAUGCAUGAGGAGAAGGAUGGCGAUAUAUCUGGUGUUGAAGAGUUGGAAGGCAGUGUUGUGCUCCCAUCACCAGCAGACCACCAGAAUGAGCCACACGAGCAUAGCUCGCAGGCAGCCAUGGACUUCACCUCUGCCCUCGCUUCUGCUGAGUCACACAUCCCACCAGCUGGGCCCUCCCACUUGCUCACAGAGUCCACAGAGCCACAAAGCUCUCUUAUUGAGUCUAGUGAUAGCCAAAGUCCAACUAUAGGUGCGUUGUCUUUUUCUCUUGACCCUUCUGAGCCUUCUCUGCCACCUGAAGACCUUCCUCGCCCUUCUUCUGUCGAUCUCAUCCCAUCUUUGGCUGCUGAUGACUCUAUCGCAGACAGGUCUCCUCCUCAGGCCAUCGAGGAUGCACUCGGGUCAGCGGAUAAGACAGCAGAGCCUCUAGAUGUGGCUUCUGCUCACCACUGUGGCAACGAGCAUGAUGAUGAUGAUGAUGAGGAGGAGGAAACCGAGAAGCCACAUUUUGAGUAGGCUUAAAUCAAGCCAGAAAAAUGCAAGGUGUUGUUGACAAUCACUGGUGUUUUUUAAAGAUAUCAGAAUAGAUGGUGGGGAAACCCUAAUCUUGAUAGUCUGCAUGCAUGGCUGCAUCAGCAGAUUGGUUACACUACAAAAACCAGCUACUGCAUUAACACAUAUGAGAAAAAAAAAAAAACUUUAAGGCACUGUAGUAAUCUUUGUCUUCUAUGUGAGAGUUUACAGUUACUUCUUAUUUGUAAGUCAAAACAGUUUUAAAGUCAACUCUUUUUCCUCGCUAGGUGCAAAAUUUGAUUAUACGGGUAAUGAGACUUUGCUUCUGGUACACCAGUGUGACAGAUACUUGAAUACUUACACAUACUGCAAAGCACAGCUGCACCUUUCUAUCAAGAACACUAUCAAUAUUUUUGAAGCUACUAGAGCACUGGCCGCUUAAAUUAGUUGUCAAAGUCUUGCCAGUGGUGCAGUUCCAUUUGUUAAUGUUUUGCAGAAGCAGUUUAAACACUUACCCAAAGAAACACUUUUAAUUAUAAGACGCAGGACAUUUCGUAUCCUCCGUGUUUGACUUUAAAGGGCUUUCGCUGUGGGAUGAUUUAUUAAAAUGGUCAGUGCAGGUUUUUACAGUAUGUUUUUAACACUAUAUUUAAUUAGAUUUUAUUCAAUGAUGUACUUUGUGAUGAGUUUAAAAGACAUUUUUACUGCUGUAUAGCCAGAUUUAUGCCCCCAUCUAUUCAAAAAGAUUUUCUCCUUUUAAUCUGUGACCUAUGCAACACUAGAUUAGCACUGUCUUUAAAUUGACAAAUCAUUCUUAAUGUAAAGAAGCAUUUGGUAAAUGUAAGACUGCUAACUUAGAAAUACUUGAGUAAUGAUUGUUUGUUGUUAGGGGGCAUCUUGAUAGUUCUAAUUGUUCCAGUAGGUGCUAAAAUAGGUGUGUAAAAUAAAGAAAGGUAUUUUGCAGAUGUUUUUAAUCAAUGAAUUGUCUGUUUUAUUAGGAAUGAGUGCAGAGUCUUGAUGAAUGUGGAAAUGGGUGAAUCUU